GGUUUGCCGAUUUUCUAGAAGACACUCUUGACGAUGUACACAUCGAACCGCACUCCUUUGCAGCUCCGUUUCUUGCUGUUUCAAACGUCAGACCUGUCAAGAGUAAAGGCAACCGUGCAAUACCACAGCCGGUCGAUAUGCCCCUCACAUCUUUUCGUCCAUGUACUCACGGGUACCAGGCGAGCAGGUUUCUCCAUUCCUCAUUCCGCUAAAUAGCUGCGUCAAAGAAAGGAUAUCCGUGAGAUUGUUCUCCCUGUCACACGUUAAUAUGUUCUCGCAUGUUCUCUGGAGAAAAUCCGGAGCUGCUCUUCGGUUUCGAGACACGCUCGUCCCGCUCGCUAUGUCGUGUUCCAAGCAAGGUUUCACCGAUAAUCAUUGCGGUGAUAGACGCGUUGGCCAUCACGAAUAAACGCUGCGCUGCUAUUGCACACUGCUUCGCGUUCUCCGUUUUGCAAACUCGCACCACAUCCCUGUUUUAGCCAUCCGCGCACCGAGUUGUCUCUGCGGCCGUGUCCAGGUCAGCGUCGUCGAGUCAGGUCUCUUUGCGCUGCGUUUCUCCUCAGGUGUAUGUACACCGUGUCUGCCAGUUGGAUGUGGAUAGCUUUGUGUGGUUCGCACGACACAUUUUGACGCCGGGCGAGCGGCAAACACCGAAUUUUUCGGCUGGAUAUGCACACAACUCAUCUGUUUUUCCAUGUGUGGACAGACAUGUCUUGGACGUGCGCACUUUGCUGCAAAUGAUGUCAUCGUGACGCAGAGUAGCGGCUCAUCUUUGUGAGCGGGGCGGACACUUGCAAUUGUCACGGCGACGGAAAGCAUUGCAGCUCUUGAACCCAAAACACGAUGCGACCGUUUUUGUCAACUUCUCCAUCCCGCGCCCUCCCAACCUUCUCGUCUUGGUCUUCAGUUUCUGCGUCUUCACUCGCGGGACAUCGGGCGUCGUUGCCUGCAGGCGGGACGUCUGUGGGUCUGGCCACGCCAGGCCACGCUCCCUUUUCCGCGCCUGCCUCUUGGCGACCAUCCAGGAGCCCCAGCGGCUGGGGAGGCAGUGCGCGAGCGCAUGCAAUCGAGAGUGUCCGCCGCGAAAAAGCAUAUCGACCAACAGGAGGACAGAGACCCGCCUGCCGCUUCCUCACGGAGGAUGAGAUCGCGAGGUGUCUGCACAGAGACAACGCGUGCGGGAUGCCCUUCAGCCCGACGCUGUGGCGCCGGCGCCAGCUCACGCGCCUUUCAGGUGUUUUUCUUUCGUUUAAUGCAGGCGUGACGAGGACGCAGGCAGUCGGCCGCGCCUCCUCUCGCGCCUUCUCGUCCUGCUCUCAGGGCCAGCGCCCCCUGCUUCCUUUUCAUUCGGUCAAAGGCCGAUGCGGCGACGCGUCCUGUCAGCCGCCCGCUUCUUCGUCCUCGCCGGUGCCGCGAGAUGCCUGUUCUUCAGCAUCAGUGAAGUCAUGCGGCCUUUCCGGCAUCGUCUCUUCGAGCUCGCCCGCUGCAGACCCCGAGGCUCCACCCGGUAGACAAAGAACUUCAAGAUUUAAACCAACAGUCGAACUCGCGACGGAGGAGAGACACCUCCCGCCUUCCGCGGAGUUCCUGUCUCCGCGCCUUCCCCGUCGACAGAGGCCAUCGACUGCAGCAGACAAACCUGGAGGUUCCACGACACAAGCCUCAGAUGCCCCCGCCUUCUUUUCCACCUCAGAUUCGCCCGUUUCUCGGCGUCUGCGCUUGAAGCUCCUCCCAUGCACUCUGCCCUCUUGCAUGUCAUCCGUGUCGCCGUCUCCGUUUCCUUCGAGAAAACCGUGGAGAGUUCUCCUUUCGGAGGCGGCAUGCUCUGCCUCUUUUUCCUCUGUCUCGUUGUCCCGUUGCUUUCCUCUGCGUCCAGUUUCUCUGAGGUCGCGCAAACGCGGCCCUCCCGCUUUGACUACAGAAUGUGGAGACCGAGUUGGGGGGCUUUUGCCUUUCCGCGCCUCUGAGCAGCUUGCCGCUUUCGACCUCGCGUCUUCUUCGUCUUCUUCGGUUUGUUUCAUCUGCUUCCCUCCGCCCUCUGGGAAGGGAGGACAGCCCAGUUGCCUCUGCCUCCUGUAUCUCCUGCCGCACGCGCUUCAACCCUGCGCUGCAUGUUCUUCCUCUACCGCGUCCAUCCCUCCCGUCAGUUCGCCUUGGCUGGCUGCUUGCUUGCAGAUUUCUUUUCUGUCUCCCAGGGGCCCUGCGACUUCUCAUAUCCACUUCUCUCCGCCUCGUGGCGCCCCCGUCUCGUCGCCUCGGUCUCUCUCCCAGUCUCCUUCUCUGCCCACCUCGUCUUCUUUCCCCACCCCUUCUUCUCGUCUGUCGUCUUCUUCUCUGUUCGUCCUCGAUGGCGCCAGGAGAAGAGGCAUGCAGACCCUGCAGCGCCCAAUUGCAGCAGCCUCUCGGGCGCAAGGCGCCAGAUCGUCGCUGCCCAGCACUCCGGAAGACACCCGACACUUCCCAGAAGGGUCUCAGACAAACCGGCGAGAGACGGAGCGGCAAGAUAGAGAACGACAAGAGACAGAACGACAAGAGACAGAACGACAAGAGACAGACCACGAGACACCUGCGAGUCGUGCGGGGAACUCGUCAUGGAGAGGGCAUCCGGGACGCGUUCACUUCCUCCCGUCCUCUUCUUCUGUCGCCUGCUCGUUCCUGCCUUCGUUGGGGUCCUUCGCUCAGCACUCCGCUGUGCCGCGUUCGUCGCCUUCGGGAGUCUCCUGCCCCGCGCCAAGUGGGGGGCCCUCAUUCGCUCCGGCUUCGGUCGCGCCUCCGCACCCCAUCGACAGUCUGUCGUUCGCUUUUUUCUGGCGUCGACCGAACGAAGAAGAGACCUCAGUGCAGUUCCUGCGACCGCCUGGGUGCGAGGAAAGUGGCCAGGCGGCAGCCGAAGGCAGUGGAACGCCGAGGACAGAGAGAGACAGCGAGGAAGCCUUGCUCACGCCCGCUGUAGUCGUCGGUGGAGCAGGAAUGCUUCCGCAGCAGCUACUGACUCGCUUCGCCUUUCAACACCGGGAGAUUUUCCGCGGCAGUCAGGAGAAGAGGGAGCGCGAACCGGACACGAGGGACACAGAGAAAGACGAAUCGAAGCAGACAGCGAAGCUUCCAGACCCAGCGUGUGUGCCGCCUCCUUUCCCACAUCCUCCUCUGCAAAGUCCUGCCCUCAAAAAGAAUCCCUCAACUCCUUCGUCUCCUGCUCCGACGCAUUCUUCUUCUCCUCGCCCCUUCUCUUCUUCUCCCAGUCCCUGCCUGGCGCACGACCCGCACCAGUCUCCUCACCCGUCUCCGCAUCUGUCUUCUCACCAGUCUCCUCACCAGUCUCCUUACCUGUCUCCUCAUCAGUCUCCGCUUCUGUCUCGGCACCUGUCUCCUCCAGCCACGCCUUUCUUUUCUGCAGGGUGGCCGGCUGCCGGAAGCCUUGCUUCGCCGGCGUCUCCGUCCUCGGUUGCGAAGACUCACGCGUUCACCCCGUCUGGGGGCUUUCCGCCCUUGUCCUCUCCACCGUCCCGGCUGUCUCCGCCGUUUCGCGAGGCAGGAAAGAAACAGAAACGCGAGAAUCUCUCGGCCGACGGCGCAGCGUUCCCCACAGGAGACAACUCGGCCCGGCGCCCGAGAGAAAAAAAGCGAAGCAAAAGGGCUGAUCCUACAGCGCUGCCGCAACUCAGAGCUGUCGAUCUGAAACACACCAUUUCUCAGCUCAUCCACAUUGCUCAGCACAGCAUAAACGAAGUAAACGACCGUCUUAACUCUUCCUCGUCUCGAUCUUCAUCUUCCCUUCCUUCCUCGUCUUCCUCCCCUUCCUCGUCUUCCUCCCCUUCCUCGUUCUCAUCUCCAUCUUCUUCGUCUGUCUCACUUGCGUCUUCGGGAGAGAAAAAAAAAGCACUCCGGGGAGAAGAGCAGGAAGUGAAGAAACUGCAAGAAACGGUCCGUGUGGCGUUGCAGGAAAAUCCCAAGUUUCGUCCGGAGUUUUGUGAGCUCCUCAGUGCGCUGGCCAUCCUCCGUGGAGUUCCGUCGGGGCCUCUCGUCGACCGGUCCCUCGUCCUGUCUCUCUUCCGCUGCGUCCUCCAAGAGAUUCCUCUGGGAAAGUUUGCGCCGAAAUUUGAGGAGCUGCUGCGACUGUGCAAGGCUGCCUUCGAUCUGCGACUUUCUGACGCAUCGCCCGGAUUGACCCUUCGCCUUAUUGCAUGCGCCUUGGACGAGGCUCAGAAUACGAGGAGCGCGCCGCCGCCUCUCAGUGCCGUUCUUCAACUCAUUUUUUUGACGGAAGACCGCGGCUUCUUCAACUUUUCUUCUCCUUUGCUCGGCGAAAACGCUGACCAGGCAGCGGAGCUCAGCAACCGACUCUGUCUCUACUUCGUCGCCCGUCUGAGAGAGGAAAUCUCUGUCCGGCAACAACACCUCGUGCCUUCUUCUCUUUCUUCUCUUUCUUCUCUUUCUUCGUCGACUUCUUUUCCUUCGUCUUCGUUGUCUCCUUCCUCCGCAGCUGCUUCUGCUGCUCUUUCUUCUCCGCUGUCAAAUUGCUCUACCUCAGAGAUAGGACAAGAUUUCCAGGACUUCGUUAAGGCGCUUUGGAAGGCUGUGGCACUGCUGGGUGCCCGUCGGUGUGGAGAAAAAGAAAUCUGGAAAACCAUUUUCGACUUCACAGAACUCCACGGUGAGUGGAACGCGUCUUCGUCGCCAGCCGCGCCUUCUUCUUCUUCUCUUCCUUCUUCGUCUUCUCCUUCUUCCUCUUCGUCUUUCGGCGGAGUGACGGGCAAGGCUGCAGUGAAGGAGCAGACGGAGGGAGAAAAGGAAGGUGAGGACAACGCGGUUCGCAAGGAUUUCUUGCGUCUGUCGACGGCAAUCCAGCUGAUCGCGCGCGCCUCGCCUUUCUACGAUUUUGCCGGGCACCGAUCCCUCCUGGGCAAGGUGUUCUCUUCUCUCGUCGAGAAUAUUCCUUCUUCUUCCUCUUCUUCCUCUUCCUCCUCCUCUUCUGUCUCGUUUGCUUCCGCUUCAGCGAGUGUCGAGAAGGAAGAGAGAGACGUUGAGGAAGGAAGCCGUUUCGCUGCGUUUUCCUUCUCUGGCGUCUACACGUUGACGCCUCAGUUUUACUCUGCGGAUCUUUUUCUGCACUUUCUGGAGGCCCUCUGUCUCUCCGGCUUUGGGGACUCGCCUGCCUUCCUCCAGCUCUGUCACAUUGCCUUUCCUUCGUUCUCCUUCGCGCUUUUGGGCGAACGCAGCCUGCAGUCGGCGGCGUCUGCCCCCCGCAAAACGCGAACGACGCGAAGCGCAUGGAAGCGUGGAACUUUCGUACGGCUCUUCCAGGUCGCGAGCUUCCUAAAGUUUUUUUCCUCCCCAGCGUCUCCUCUGUCUCUGUCGUCUUCGCUUCUGUCGGUCUCUCGGGGUCGGACCCUGGCGGCUCAGAUGCGUCCGGCUUUCUUCAAGUCUUCUGUUCCAGACGCGAGCGGGAAAUCUCCUUUCUCGCCUGAACUGGCCGAGGCCCUCAACUGCGUCGUCAACAACGAAACUUGCGUCGAAGCGGUGGCGCGCAUGUUCGCACCCGAACCAGCGUCGCUCUGGAUCGAAGACGUUCUCGCGCAGUUCGACGACUUCGGCGUGGACGUACACCGCGUGACAGACAGGCAACGAGGCCUCUAUUUCCUGCACCUGCAGCCCACAAACGAUUGCUCGGACUCUCCGCGAUACGCUCUGCUGCUUAUCCCUCGAUGCCACGAACUCCUCACGGUCGAUCUCAAGCGCCUUUCGUCUUCUUCUCAUUCUUGCUCUGCUUCUCCUCUUCCCGGCGCUUUUCGUUUUCUGCGUUUGUUGUUGGAGCGGCAGGGCUGGCGUGUGGGGUGUCUCUUCGAGUCGGAGUGGAGCUGGAAAGGAGAGAGCGGGAGAGGGCAGAGACAGCUGGCGGAAGAUGCAGAGGAAACGGGAAGGCGACGCGAGCAAGUGGCUCACAUUUUGGUAAGGAUGUAGCUGUGUGAAACGCGGGGAAAGUCGAAAAACAAGAAAAGAGAUUCGUUGAGAGGAAGGAAUCGCAGGGAAGGAGAGGCGCGCAGUCUCCCUCCUUUGGUUGUCCGUUUUCUCUGUAUUGCUCUUCUUCUUGCUUUCUUCUCUCGCUUCAGCUGCUUCUUGUUUUCCCUCUUUGCGGGUCCUUGGUUCUUGUCCUUGUCCUUCGUCCUCGCCUCCAUUCUUUGCCAGCCAGACCGGACAGUCUCUCUUGCUCCGCUCCCUGUCGUCUCUUCUCGCUUCUCCUUCAAGACUUUCCCCAAGUUUUUCCUUUUUUCUCCCGGUCGUCAUGCGGGGUUGCUUCUUCUCAGGAGCGAUCGUUCCACACCUCUUGACCGCGGCCGGUCCUCAACCACUUCGUCGCCUUCGCUCCUCGCUUCGCCUUGCGACUCUCCGCAUUGGCCGUGGAGCCGCGACACACCCAAAGCGCAUGCACCGUGCAACGUCCGAGGAGAGAAGAGAGAGCAAAGAGAGAAGCGAGAGAGAGAGAAGAGAGAGAAGAGAGAGAGAAGAGAGAGAGAAGAAAGAGAAGAGAGAGGGAAGAGAAAGCGAGAGAGAGAAGAGAUAGAGAAGAGAGAGAGAAGAGAGAGAGAAGAGAGAGAAGAGAGAGAGAAGAGAGAGAGAAGAGGAAGCGAGAGAGGCCAGCACCUGCGGGCACCGGAGAGAAAAACGCAGAAGGGGAGGCUGCAUGGCGGGGUUGAGGGGGCGCUUGCCGCGUGUGUCUGAAGCGGCGAGUGAGGAGAGAGUUUACAGGCAACGAGAGAGUCGCGAGAGAAAGGGAAAGGCGAAGCCGAAGUUCCAGUGGUAAUCAUCAUGGCACAUGUUCCUUCCAGUGGCUGGGAAUGCCUUUCUUGUUUUCUCCCGCAAAAAUUCCGACCUUUUCUCCGUCCUCGUUCUGCGCACUGACGGCGAAGGGGAUGCGCCGGGUGGCAUCGUUUCGUCUCUCUUUUCCUCGUGGUGUCGAGACACCUUUUCUUUCCUCUCUCCGCAUUUCUUUUCUCCCUGUCUUUUCCCUUGGUGCUCCUCGUUUUGCCGCGACUCUUCCCUUCAGUUUCUCUCCGAUUUUUUCGGUUGCGUUCCUUCUUUUCCUUCCCGUUCCCUCCCUGCUCUUCGCUGACGAAGAGUCUAGACCCACCUCCAAAGGAACUUGUGCAUACACAGGAAAAAGUUCCUCUUUUUCGUGUGUAAACUCCGAUAAGAAGUCCUCAACGUCUG